AUGUCUACCAACUGGCAAGAUCUCGUGGCAGCUAAGCAGCAGGAAAACAGAGAGAAAAUCCCCCAGCAAUGGCGACUCAACACAGAGCAACUUGCUCUCGCGGAUGUUCGGUUGAUUGAGGCUGAUGUCCCUCGCCGCAGCGGCCUACUAUCUGAUCUCGAGUUAGACAUCACUGAGAACUAUACCGCGAGCCAGCUAUUGGUCAAGCUAGCGACUGGACAGACUAGCUCAUUGGAUGUUACGACAGCUUUUUGUAAAAGAGCUGCGAUUGCGCAGCAGCUGACCUCUUGCCUCACGGAAACAUUCUUCCCCCAGGCCCUGGAGCGCGCCCAAUAUUUGGAUGAAUACCUCAAGAGAGAGGGAAAGCCCGUAGGACCUCUGCACGGUCUACCAAUCAGUCUGAAGGACAGUUUCUGUGUCGAAGGUGUUCAGUCAACAGUCGGAUAUGUCGAGCUUCUGAAAAAUGAACCCUCAAAGACCAACUCCGCACUCGUCAAGAUUCUGCUGAAUCUUGGAGCCGUGCUAUACGUCAAGACUAACAUCCCGCAAACAAUGAUGACAGGCGAUUCGGAGAAUAACAUUUUCGGUCGAACUCUCAACCCCCACAAAACAACUCUCACGGCAGGUGGUUCCAGCGGCGGCGAGGGAGCCCUCGCAGCAUUUCGUGGAUCUAUCCUUGGCGUGGGAACAGACAUCGCAGGCUCGAUUCGCAUUCCUGCGCUUUGCUGUGGCGUGUAUGGCUUCAAGCCUACAACGAACCGAAUUCCCUUUGGAGGCCAGGUUUCUGGUGCCAAAGAGGGCAUUCCUGGCUUAGUGCCGGCGGCUGGUCCAUUGGGGCAUAGUAUUGCCGAUUUGCAAUUUUUUAUGAGCACCGUGGUUGGCGACGGUCAAAGCUGGGAGCAUGACUCUAGUGCUGUCGCUGCACCGUGGCAAAGUGUUCCUCGAGGUUUGAGCGCAAACGGAUGCUUGACGAUCGGUGUGCUUGCAGAGGACAAGCAAUUCCCGCUUCAUCCCCCUGUCAAGAGGGCUUUAGAUCGGGCUAUUGGGGCAUUGACUCGGGCUGGACAUAAGAUUGUUCGACUGAGCGAUGAGCUUGAUGUGGCGUCUGCUUCGCGUCUCGCUUUUCAAUACUUCAUCUAUGGCCCUCACGAGGAUUUGAUUGCUCCGAGUGGCGAGCCAGUGGUAGCAUCUGUUGCUAAGGCUGCGUCACCCAUGUUCACUGGUCCUUUGCCCGUUGAACAGGGUCUCGGACCAUUUGAGACAAUCCAAGCGCUCUAUGAGACCCGACAGAAGCUUCUGGACUGCUGGAGACAGACGUGGGUUGAGCAAAAGCUUGACGUUGUCCUUGCCCCUGGAGCUCAGAAUACGGCUGUGGGACAUGACACUUACGGAUGGCCUCCAUAUACCGCGUUGUGGAACGUGCUGGAUUAUCCCGCUUGUAUCAUUCCAUUCGGCAAGGCAUCAAAGGAACUUGAUCCAGAGCCUAUGACCACAUCGGAUGAUGUGCAGCCAGAUUACGAUCCGGACGAGGUAGACGGAGCUCCGUGUGCUGUUCAAGUCAUUGCGCCGCACUUCCAGGAUGAGAAGUGCCUGUGGGCAGCAGAUAUCAUUGACAAAGUAUUAACUGUCUUCGGCCAGUCAGCUGGAGUCUGA